AUGCUUGAAACGAGAUAUGUCCCUGGCCAUGACUCUUUCAUCCUAAAUGCUGACAUUAGGAGCUCACGUCACUACAGUUACGAAUGCAAAGUUACAGCCCAAGAGCGGCCGUAUCUCGCGCGUCCCUCCCGCACACAGCAAUUACAGAACCCGAAGCUGCGUCCGCAGCUCACCACUGAUGUCCCCGACGACACUACGCGCACGAAAGGGACCGCGGACGCUUUGCUAGCGCAACGUGAAGAAGAGCGCGGUCGCAAAAGGAAUCUCGAUGAAGCAGAUCCUCUAGGCAGCCGAGAUCUACCGUCGAAGCGGACUCGGUCAAUAUCCUCAGUUUCGGAUAGUUCCGUGUCUACAAUAUCCACAAACCGGUCACGCUCGGCAUCGCUCAGGCAGGAUGAUAAUAUGGGACGGGGAAGGGCAAAGUCGCAGACAUCUCACCAUUCAUUCUCAAGAAAGAGGCGCCAUAGUGACUCAUCAUCUGGCUAUUCCGUUUCAUCGUACUCGUCGAGGGAAAGAUCGCGCACACGAACCCCGGAAAGAAACAUCAGACGCAGGCGUCGGGAAUCGAGCCCAAAGGAGCGUGGUCGGCCCCGCGAUAUCUCGCGACACGAUGACCGCAGAGAUCGAAGCCGGAGUAGCAAUAAUGAUAAAACUCGCAAUGCUAGGGGAAGACGGUCAAUGACUCCCCAACAAUCCAUUCCAGAGCUGAGUUAUGCGACGCGCUCCCCUUCGAUAGGCAAGCCGAAUCCUUCCUACAACGGAAGGAGAGAAGAUAGAGGGCAUCGACCGCCUCCUCCUCGACGCGAGCGAAGUCUUAGUCCUUACAGCAAGCGGAUUGCUCUGACUCAAGCCAUGAAUAUGGGCCGUUAA